UUAUAUUAUGGAUUAGAAGGGAGAUGAUAUUAUGGAUGAUAUUGCUGAGGCUCUUGACGGGGAUCAUAAACUUAAUUUAACAGCUGAUCAAAAUGAUGAAGAUGGUAAUUAAUACUAUAAACCAAGAUGAGGCAGUAAAUAAGGAAUGUGAAAAUUUCCUUAAUUCUUUAAAAGGAGAAGGAACCCAAAAUAUCGAAACAGAUCAACUACUUAAGUAAUUCCAAGGGAUGAUGGGAAAUAUCCUUGAAGGAAUCAAUCCUAACAACUAGUAACAUUAUGAUGUUAUUCAAAGGGAAUAACAAAAGGCAUUUUAAGAGACUUUUGAAAAAUUAGAAUAAGCACCUUAAUUUGAUGAAUUGGCCGAUAAAAUGCUAUUAUAAUUUAUGGAUAAGGAUGUUUUAGAACAACCAAUGAAAGAAACAUAUGAUGCCUAUAACAAAUUUAUUUAAGUAUUUAUAUUUAAUUAACAAGGAAAAUAAAAAUAAACUUAAUGAAGAGGACUUAAAAAAAUAUGAAAAACAAAAAGAUUGUGUUGAAAAAAUUAUUGAUUAAUUAAACACUAAUCCUAAUGACAAGGAAAAAUUAAUUUAACUAUUUGAAAAUAUGCAAGCUGAAGGGGAUCCUCCUUAAGAAGUUUUUGGAGGAAAUGAAAACCCACUCAACUUUAUAAAUGCACCUUCUGAAGGAGCUUAAGGAGAACCCUGCAGUAUAUUUUGA